AUGCCUAGCGCUCAACAUCCGCAAGCGAAGUUCGAUCCGAUACCCCCAGAUCUUGAUCUACACUCCCUGGUAGACCACACACCAAAUUUCCGAUGGGCUCAGCGAGUAUCUCGAUCCCAAAUCCGCAGCCUGGGCCAGCAAGACUUCGAGAAGCUCGUUGCGAUACAUGUCAUAGCUGGUGGCAAGCCUCUCGUUAUUGAAGGAUGGGAUGCUGCUCUGCCCUCCUCGCUUUUCAGUGCGGGAUGGCUUGAGAAUGCUUAUGAUAAAAAACAGGAAAAUGUCCGCGACAUAUCCAACUCCUCUGACAUCCCCAUGACCACUGGGCACUAUCUACGGUCUAUGAAACAGCUCACCAAUCAGUGGACGCCGAAUACGUAUCGCGACGAGCGUCGACAACGACUCUAUCUUAAAGAUAUUGAUUGUCCAGUGGAGUGGCGUGACAUGUUGCAAAAGAUUAUACAUCCCAACCUCUUCUAUCUCAACGAAAAUGUCACCAGUAAAGGAGCCCCGGCCGGAGAUCUCAUGUCCAGUUUACCAGAGGAAAUGCGAGCCCAAAAUCUCAUGUGCUACAUAGGUCAUGAAGGGACCUACACACCAGCUCACCGGGAGAUGUGUGCAUCACUGGGGCAGAAUAUCAUGGUCGAGGCGUCUCGAGAUGAAAAUGGAGAGAAAAAAGGGAGCUCAGUUUGGUUCAUGACUGAGAGCAAAGACCGUGAAGUGGUUCGAGAGUACUUCCUGUCGAUGCUUGGCCAUGAUAUUGAGAUUGAGAAGCACUUCGCGCAAAUCAAUGCUUGGAAGAAGGCCCCAUUCGAUGUGACGAUGAAGGUCGCUUGGAACCGCACUACGGUAGAGACAUUGGAGCUUGCAUUACACGAAGCGCUGCCUAAGGCUCGAUUGGUGUGUCGGGAUGAGCAGUAUAAAAACAAAGCAAUCAUAUACUACACCCUCCAGAAAUACCAUGCGGAGCUCCGAAGCAUUGAAAAGAAAGCAGAGAUGAUGCAGAUGGACUUCAUGGGCUUUGGGCGAGACGUUUUUAGAAGCUCUCUGCGUGUGAAGCAGUUGGCCGCUGACUUCAAAAAACUGUUCCAGCUGUUUACCAAAAUUCUCAUCGAUGAGGUCUUUGCGUUCAAAGAGAAGGACAUCGAGUAUCUACCUUUCGACUCUUGUGUUACUUGCUCCUACUGCAGGUCCAACAUUUUCAAUCGGUUUCUUACCUGCAAGCAUUGUAUCAGGCCUUUAAUCAAUGGGGAAGAAGAUGCAUAUGACGUUUGUAUGGAAUGUUACGCAAUGGGACGAUCCUGCGCCUGCCUCUCUGGCCUUCAGUGGUGUGAGCAGUGGUCGUGGUCAGAACUGACUGAUAACUACGAAGCCUGGAAAGCGACAGUCAUCGCCAUUGAUGGCUACGUUGAUUUAGAAUCUUCUCCUCACCCGCUUGAGGUAGCUAGGCAGAAAGCAGGGAAGAAAUCCCUUGCUCAGAUUUGCCAAGAAGCUCUACGGCGGCGUCCUUGGAAAGACAUUACCAAGCCAGAGCGCGAAAAGACACCAAGUGACUCUGAGCAGGGCACUACGCAGCCAUACAUGCCAAAGAAUACAUCUCUUGGACAUGAUACUCGCCGGAUCGCCGAUGAUCGCAGCGUAGAAGCAUUAGUUGAUUUCCGAAUUCAUAACCUGUCCUGGUUGAAAGCCGCAGGGGAGGAAAGCCGCAGUAAAGACAGCAAGAGAAUGCAACUGCUACGGGAACAAGCGGACAACGCCAAAGCACAAGAUGCACUGACACACGCUCAAGCAGAGGCAGAGCCUAGGAUGCAAUCUAGCGCUGUUUUUACCGCACAGGCUACGGAAACUUCUGCCAUCAAUGGUUAUGGAGACCAAAGCCAAGUGCUGGGUCGAGAUGGAGGAACUUCGACAGAUUACUCGUUUGAUGUGGCCAAUAACCACACCCUUAACGUUGACGACGUGCCCCAGAAUGAUGCGGCCCCUACCGCAGCCAAUGCCAGAGAGCGAGAGGAUGUGGAUUCAUCCCAGUAUCCUGAUCCAUCAGUAUUCGCACGCCAGCGUAUAGGAAUGGGUUACUAUGAACAGGAUGACACUCCGGAUAAAAUUCUUUUUGAUCCAUACCAAGCGCCUUCCGCAGAUUCAAUGCAAGCUGAUGAACCAACUAUUCCAGAGUUUGUGAAGAAAACUAUUCGGGCAGCGAAGAGGAAGGCAAAGCGGGAGAAUGAAGAUCCCGAGUUCACAAUUCGUAAAAGUCACCACAAAAGACCCAAGCUCACGGCAGAGCCAUCCGAUUUUCUUGACAACAUGGAUCCAGCUCUUUUUGUAGAUGGGGGCUCGGCAGCAGCAGUCAAGCACACAACUGCCACUUCUCCCUUAGAUGGUGAUGCCCCUGCUAAAUCGUUAGCGGUUCAUCAUGAAGAGCCGGACAUAGUACCGGAGAUAUCUUUGCCUCGACCUUUUGACAUCAAUGAGCCAACUCUUCGACAUGCCAAGCCACGAGCAUCGUAUGUAGAGGUUGAUGAUCUGGAUAUAGACGAAUUAGAGGAAACCGAAGCGGCUUCUCUGCCGUCUCCGAAAGCGUUGGUGAGCUCAACGACGGCCGACGGUUCAUUAGCCGUGCAAACGACCAAGAAGGAACUGGAAUCGAGCAACCCCGAAGUUCAACACCCGGAUGGAGCAUUUCAGGAGACGGUCGGGGAUGUAAUUCCAAAGAAACGCGGUCGCCCCCCAAGGAAUAUGCAAAAGACAGCAUCGCCAGUGACUACAGAGAUUAUACCGCCGCCGCCGCCACCACCACAACUUGAUGGUGGGAGGAACAGACGAAGGCGGGGUCGUCCAAAGAAGUCGCUGUCUACGCUAGAAUUACUCGAAGAGGACUUGGCAGCAUCUCAUGAUGAAGAAACUCGGGGAACUGGAUCUCUAGCAGUGCAGGAAACGUCCCAUGAUGGAGAUAUCCGUCCCAUUGAGGGUUUCCAGCCACGACAUGAAGCAGUAGACCAAGCACCGAAAAAGAAGAGAGGUCGGCCCCGAAAAUCUGACAUUUCUACUCGAGGUGAAUUCUCGCUGAAUGUGAUCUUGCCGAUGAAUACUCGAUUCAUGUCUAUGGCCGAACGAAUGGCUCUUAAAGGGAAGUCAUUCAAAAUUGGCACACGGAAAUCACGGAAUGUCUCAAAGGCGGAGCAAAACAAGGAACACCUCACCGAGUCUAAGACAUCGAAGAGGAGCUCUCAAGUAGCAGACGCUUCUGAAGAAGACGAAGGGGAGGGCAACAGUGACCAAGGGCGCAUUGGCAGAAGCAUCAAGGUCAAUGAGACGAUGAUGCGUUUCCGGUCCAGCAGCUCCAAGAAAUCUACGGACGACGAAGACAUACCGUCGAACGGGCGUGUAGCUAAACGUAUUGGACGGUGA